UCCUUUUUUGGGUUUCCUGCAGGUUCUGGAGAACCUAAAGAUGGGUGAUUAAGAGUAUAGGUUAUAGAGUCAGACUCUGGAUAUAGAUCCUGAUUCUACUUAAGAGCUGUGUGACAUUGGGCAGGUUAGUUCACCUCUCUAAACCUGUUUCCUUAACUCACAGAGUUGUCAAGAGGAUGAAAUGAGAUAAUGUGUGUAAUGCUCCUGGUACUGUCCCUGGCACGUAGCCCUCCGAAAAGAGUGACUGCUGUGGCUGGUGCUAGACGUCCCUUUCUUUGAAUGAUGGUGAGCAGCUCUGUGUACACAGCUGAGAGCUUCUGCUGGGGCUGCUAUCUCCUGGCACAGAAUUCUGCCCCUUUCACACUUAAGCUUCUUGUCAUCCCUACCGCCUUCAAAACCUGCCUCCAGCAACAUUUUGCUUUUGGUCGGUGUAUGCUUGAAAUUCUGAAUGUCUGCUUUGAGAAACAGUGUUGCUAAUGAGCCUACUUUUCCUAGGUCAGUACCCUCACUUCUACCCUGGGAAGAGGUAUCCUUUUUCCAUCCUUCUAGCUAACUUUAGGACUCCUGCUUUUUCUGGUAAGGAUUCUGAUCUACUUCUUCCCAUCCUCACUCAAGUGAACUCUCAAGUUCUCCUUUCUGACCAGUCUAAUGCUGGCCAUCUCAUUGGUACUAAUUGCCCCAAUCAAGCUGGAUUUCUUUCCCUUUUUCACACUUCAAAGACCCCUGUUCCAGCUAUUCUCCUACCCACAGGGCCAAUCACUUUGGCAUUUAUUCUAUUUUUCCUUGUAAGUCUCUAGUUCCAUUUACCCCAAGACUCCCACUCCCUGCCACCCAGUGGUUCAGAUCCAACUACUUCUGGCUGACUUUUCCAGAGGGUUACCCUUCCUCUCACCUCCUCACCAUUCAGAAACAACUUCGCCAGUCCGCCCCAAACUCCCUGUUUUCUUCCAAGAAGACAGCUUAAGUGGCUGGAGAUGCGGACUGCACCGCACCUUCCCCCUAGUCAGGUCUGAUAUCCUUUCCAUUUCAGAGGAGCACCAAGAGAAGAAAAGAAAACUCACAGAGGAGCAAGGUGCCCGGAUAUAGGCUGGCAUGUGGGAGGCAUGGCCUUGGACUGCUCAGGGCUGGAGCAGGUGGAUUAGAAGGCCUGACUAAUAGAAGGGCCCAGAAGUCUUGUCAGUGGUCAGUAGCUCUGCUGGUGCCUUUGUGGGGCACCAGCUGACACCCUUGAUGUUUGGACCAUAGACUACCUUCUGCUCCUGUAUCCUGGAGCCAAACCAGUAGGGGGCGGACACUAGGGGGGAGCUAGGGAGCUUGAAGGUGGUGGUGGUGGUCAUGCUGUAGGCAGGGGGGGCCCAAUGGGGAUUGGUGUGUGUGAAGUCAUGGGACAGGAGAGGUGAGAGUUAACCGCCUGUAAUGAAGAUGAGGUAGGCAUAUAGGGGCAGGAGUAGGGGUCUUCUGGAAAGAAAGGCUGGGGCGGAGCCAGGAGCCCUUUCCCAGAAGUUGGGUGGGGGAGAGGGCGGCGGGGAGGUGUUGGUUGAACCCGUUUCUUGCACGCCUGCGGGUGUGCGCGCUCGCGUGUGCAUCUGCCUAGCUUCUCGGGGCCAGAGGCCACGCUUGUGGUUGCCGCGUGUGUUGGCGGCUGGGGGUUCUGUGGUCAGGGCUCAACUACGCGAUGCCAGUUGGUGCCGGGGGGGGGGCGCGACGGCUGGCUCUCGGGCCGGGAGGGGGCGGCUGGCGAGCGCUGACCACGCGGGGACAGAAAAACAUCCGCCGGAGGCUCGGCUGGGCGGCGCUCCAACAGCUCCGGGCAGGUGCGCGCGGGGAGGAAGUGAGCGCAUUCCGACCCCCCAGUCGCUGGCCCUUCGGCCUCGUUGGCUCUCCAGGAAGCAUUUUCCAUGGAAAAAACUGCUCUUCUGGACCGUCUUUUCACAAAACUGAUAUCUGUGGCCCUCACAGUAUAUAUCAUUUCAACUUUCAGAAUACAUAUCCGGACAGCUGCUCUCUGCCCUCUGUUGGCAAGUUCUCUUGGACCUGUCUUGUGUGCAGGAGACAAUCACAUAUAGGACGAAAUUUCUUUACACUAACAGUGUCAGGAGCUGGAACUGGAGUUAAUCCAUCUGUGUUAAAGAAAGAGCUGCCCUAAGGUUUUCAUUUCAACCAGGUUGAGGGCAAGAGACGUUGUUGGGGGGCUUGCCUUUGGCCUCUGUGCCCAGGGAUUCCAAUUGUAUGCUCCUCAAAGUUGUGUAUAUCUGCGGCCCUCUGGAGAUGCUGCAUGAGAUCCUGCUUCAGGCCCAGAGGGAGAACCUGACCAACGGAGAUUAUGUCUUCUUUUACCUGGAUGUCUUUGGAGAGAGUCUCCGUGCGGGCCCCACGCGCUCCACAGGCCGGCCCUGGCAGGACAAUCGCACCUGGGAACAGGCCGAGGCCCUCAGAGAAGCUUUUCAGAUGGUAUUGGUCAUCACAUACCGAGAACCCCCGAAUCCUGAGUAUCAGGAAUUCCAGAAUCGUCUUCUGAUAAGAGCUCGGGAAGAUUUUGGUGUGGAGCUGGCCCCUUCCCUCAUGAACCUCAUUGCUGGCUGCUUCUACGAUGGGAUCCUGCUAUAUGCUGAAGUCCUGAAUGAGACGAUACAGGAAGGAGGCACCCGGGAAGAUGGACUUCGAAUUGUCGAGAAGAUGCAAGGAAGAAGAUACCAUGGUAAUGGAGAGGGUGUAACUGGACUGGUUGUUAUGGACAAGAACAAUGACCGGGAGACUGAUUUUGUCCUGUGGGCCAUGGGAGACCUGGAUUCUGGGGACUUUCAGCCUGCAGCCCACUACUCGGGAGCCGAAAAGCAGAUUUGGUGGACAGGACGGCCCAUCCCCUGGGUGAAGGGGGCCCCCCCCUUGGACAAUCCCCCCUGUGCCUUUGACUUGGACGACCCAUCCUGUGAUAAAACCCCACUUUCCACUCUGGCAAUCGUGGCGCUGGGCACAGGAAUCACCUUCAUCAUGUUUGGCGUUUCCAGCUUCCUCAUUUUCCGAAAACUGAUGCUGGAGAAAGAGCUGGCUAGCAUGUUGUGGCGCAUUCGCUGGGAGGAGCUGCAAUUUGGCAAUUCAGAGCGAUACCAUAAAGGUGCAGGCAGUCGCCUCACACUGUCGCUGCGGGGAUCCAGUUACGGCUCGCUCAUGACAGCCCAUGGGAAAUACCAGAUCUUUGCCAACACCGGUCACUUCAAGGGAAAUGUUGUUGCCAUCAAACAUGUGAAUAAGAAGCGCAUUGAGCUGACCCGGCAGGUUCUGUUUGAACUCAAACAUAUGAGAGAUGUUCAGUUCAACCAUCUCACUCGCUUCAUUGGCGCCUGCAUAGACCCUCCCAACAUUUGCAUCGUCACCGAGUAUUGUCCUCGUGGGAGUUUACAGGAUAUUCUGGAAAAUGAUAGCAUCAACUUGGAUUGGAUGUUUCGUUACUCACUCAUUAAUGACCUUGUUAAGGGCAUGGCCUUUCUCCAUAACAGCAUUAUUGCAUCCCAUGGGAGUCUCAAGUCCUCCAACUGUGUGGUGGAUAGUCGUUUUGUGCUCAAAAUCACAGACUAUGGCCUGGCCAGCUUCCGAUCAACUGCUGAACCUGAUGACAACCACGCCCUCUAUGCCAAGAAGCUGUGGACUGCCCCAGAACUGCUCAGUGGGAACCCCUUGCCAACCACAGGCAUGCAGAAGGCCGAUGUCUAUAGCUUUGGGAUCAUCUUACAGGAGAUAGCCCUUCGCAGUGGUCCUUUCUACUUGGAGGGCCUGGACCUCAGCCCCAAAGAGAUUGUCCAGAAGGUCCGAAAUGGUCAGCGGCCUUAUUUCCGGCCGAGCAUCGACCGGACCCAACUGAACGAAGAGCUGGUUUUGCUGAUGGAGCGGUGUUGGGCCCAGGACGCAGCUGAGCGACCAGACUUUGGACAGAUUAAGGGCUUCAUUCGCCGCUUUAACAAGGAGGGUGGCACCAGCAUACUGGAUAACCUCCUAUUGCGCAUGGAGCAGUAUGCCAACAACCUGGAGAAGCUGGUGGAGGAACGCACACAGGCCUACCUGGAGGAGAAACGCAAGGCUGAGGCUCUGCUCUACCAAAUUCUACCCCAUUCAGUGGCAGAGCAGUUAAAACGGGGAGAGACCGUACAGGCCGAGGCCUUUGACAGCGUUACCAUCUACUUCAGUGACAUCGUUGGCUUCACAGCUUUGUCAGCAGAGAGCACCCCCAUGCAGGUGGUGACACUUCUUAAUGAUCUGUAUACCUGCUUUGAUGCCAUAAUUGACAACUUUGACGUCUACAAGGUAGAGACGAUUGGAGAUGCCUACAUGGUGGUAUCUGGUCUCCCAGGCAGAAAUGGUCAGCGCCAUGCCCCGGAAAUUGCUCGUAUGGCCCUGGCAUUACUGGAUGCGGUUUCUUCCUUCCGCAUCCGCCACCGACCCCAUGACCAGCUGAGGCUACGCAUAGGGGUCCACACGGGGCCCGUCUGUGCUGGGGUGGUUGGCCUGAAGAUGCCCCGCUACUGUCUUUUUGGAGACACAGUGAACACUGCUUCCCGAAUGGAGUCUAAUGGUCAAGCCCUUAAGAUUCAUGUCUCCUCUACCACCAAGGAUGCCCUGGAUGAGCUAGGAUGCUUCCAGCUAGAGCUUCGAGGGGAUGUGGAGAUGAAGGUGAUGGCAGGCCAUGGGGAGGGAGUCAUGGAAUGGGAGGAUGAACACAAUCACGGGGUUUGUGGGGGGAAGGGAGGGAGAUAUGAGGAAUAACAUAGAAGAAUCUGAAUUAUCUCUACUUCUCC